AAUGGAAAGGAAGCUGCCACAGCCCACAGAGAGAGAGAGAGAGACGUUAACAAACAGGACGCGGCUCAAACGGAGCUCUCGCGAAACCCUCCUCCCUCCGGCCCCCAGGUUCGAGCGGCCAUCUUCUUAAUAUAUUGGAAACCCUGGAACCCUAGAUUAGUCCCAUCGAAAACAAAGAAAGGAAGCGAUCGAGGGGGAAGGAAGGGUAGGAGCUCGCGAGCUCCUCCAAUCCAUUAAUGGCGGACGCGCCGGCUUCGAUGAAGAGCAAGAGGGAGACGGCCCCGGGGGCCCUACUCCUCGGCCGCUACGAGGUGGGUAAGCUCCUCGGGCAUGGCACCUUCGCCAAGGUCUACCACGCACGCAACGUCAACACCGGCGAGUGCGUGGCCAUCAAGGCCCUCGACAAGGAAAAGAUCCUCAAGGGCGGGCUCGUCGCCCACAUCAAGCGCGAGAUCGCCAUCCUUCGCCGCGUCCGUCACCCGAAUAUUGUACAACUUUUCGAGGUCAUGGCCACCAAGACCAAGAUCUACUUCGUCAUGGAGUACGUCCGCGGCGGCGAGCUCUUCUCCAAGGUCGCCAAGGGCCGCCUCAAGGAGGACGUAGCCCGACGCUACUUCCAGCAGCUCAUCUCCGCGGUCGGCUUCUGCCACGCCCGCGGCGUCUUCCAUCGCGAUCUCAAGCCCGAGAACCUCCUCGUUGACGACAACGGGGAUCUCAAGGUCUCCGACUUCGGCCUCUCCGCUGUCUCCGACCAGAUCCGCCAGGACGGCCUCUUCCACACCUUCUGCGGCACCCCGGCCUACGUUGCCCCCGAGAUCCUCGCCUGCAAGGGCUACGAUGGCGCCAAGGCCGACAUCUGGUCCUGCGGCGUCAUCCUUUUCGUCCUUAUGGCCGGAUACCUCCCCUUUCAUGACCAGAACAUCAUGUCCAUGUACCGGAAAAUCUAUAAAGGGGAAUUCCGGUGCCCCCGCUGGUUCUCGCGCGACCUUAUCCGGCUCCUCACCCACCUGCUUGACACAAAUCCCCAGACGAGAAUCACCAUCCCCCAGAUCAUGGAGAACCGGUGGUUCAAGAAGGGCUUCCGUCACAUCCGAUUCUACGUCGAGGAUGACCAAUUGCACAGCCUGGAGGACUUCGACGGGGGCAGCGGCCCGCUGCGGGACGGGCAGGACAAUCCGGAGGAAUCCGACGCCUCCGAGUCCGGGUCGGAGUCCGACUCCUCGGUUGCAUCCUGCCCUGCCACCCUGUCCAAAGAGCACCGGCGGGCGGCGCUCCCCAGGCCGGCAAGCUUGAACGCGUUCGAUAUAAUCUCGUUCUCAAGGGGAUUCAAUCUAUCCGGGCUGUUUGAGGAGAAAGGGGAGGAGGCCAGGUUUAUCUCCGGGGAGCCCGUGUCGAAGAUUAUAUCGAAAUUGGAGGAGAUUGCCAACGUGGUGAGUUUCACGGUGAGGAAGAAGGAUUGCCGGGUGAGCUUGGAAGGGACGAGGGAGGGAGAGAAGGGGCCUUUGACAAUAGCUGCAGAGAUUUUUGAGCUCACCCCGUUGCUCAUGGUGGUCGAGGUGAAGAAGAAGGCAGGAGAUAGAGAUGAGUACGAAGAAUUUUGUAACAAGGAGCUGAAGCCAGGGUUGCAGAAUCUCAUGUAUGGGUCGCAUCCCAUGGCCAACAUUGCAUCUGACACCGAAUAGAAAGUGAACAAGAGAUAUCCUUUCAGUGACUUCAGCCUCGCAUUUAACGAGUUAAUCUUGGGCCAUUCUCUUCUUGGAAUUGGAGACCCCAAGUAGAUUGCACAGUGACCCUUCUAAUUUUGUGGCGAGAUUCUUACUUUACAAAGGUAUUGUGGUGAGAUUCUUAUUUUACAAACGUAUAGCCCAUUUUCUGAGACCAAUUUCUUCAGGACAAAGCUUUAUUGAUAAGGUUAGCUUUGGCAAGUUCCCAAACAUGACCAGGAGAUCUUGUUGGACCUUUUAGCACUAUGAAUGACAGUCAAAAUGUUUUAUUCCACCCUAUCUUAAUAGCUUGAAUUGGCUUUGCAUGUUCACCCUCUUGCUUUGAAACUGCUUUUGAACCUUUUUCUAAUCUUUUGACAAACAGAUCAGUGAACUAGAACAACAACUUCUAUUUAGAUUAAUAAGUUUAAUGGAUAGUUGCUACAUGCACUUUUAGUUUAGAGUAUGAGAUUCAAUCUUGAAUGCCUAGGAAGAUAAAAUUUAUUUAAAAGAUGUAAGAGUCAGUUGGGUUUCUGGAAGGUCAAAUGGGAGAAUUAUUUUUGAGGGGGGUGGACAUCUGAAUUUGGGUAAGUAUGAAGUUGAGGUUAUGCUUAAGGCAUCAGGGAAUAGAUAUUUGGUAAUUUGAGGUUUAGUCUUUAGUUUUAGGGGCCUGUGGUCUGAUUUGGCUGUUUCUUGGAUCCUUUUGCUUUUAGCGACCUAGUCAUUGGCGGUCCAAAAAUUGUAUGGAAUUUUGUGUUCCUCGCAGUUAGUGACCCUUAAAUAUUUUAGAACUUAUUUGCACUUACAAAAAUUUGCCAAUGAUUUCGGGGAGAUUAAACCACAAUUUGUAGAGGGAAAGAUCCUCAUCUAUGAUAAUUAAAACUUUGAACUCAUUUUGUCCCAUCUGAAGUGGGGUCUUAGGAGCAAACCUUAAUGAUUUAAGAAGAUUGAAGGCUCUUGCUUUAUUAUGAUUUUUUUUUCACAGCUUAAAGAUGGAACUAUAUGCACUCGAAAGAGAACCUCCAGCUUUUCAAAGCUACUUAUUUUGGGAGAGUGAAUGUCAGACUUGGAGCGGUACAAGCUCUUGUCGAAGCAUGGUUUGAUUGGUCAUUAGAAAGAUUGACUUGGUUCAAUACUUCAUUCAGGAACGACAUUAUUGUUUUAGAGUUAAAACCUUAAGGAGGGUGCAAGAACUCAUGAAGUGGGUUGUAAGCUCCAUUCGAGGAUUGUAAAGGUUUCGCAAAGAAAUUUUGGAGGACCAAGUUUAAACAAAAUUUCCUUCAUUUAAGGAUUGAAAAUUUUCAAUUGGGUAUGGUAAUAUAUAAAGUUGUUCAAAGCAGGUCGUACAAGCUGUGGGAUAUGUAUUGUGAGCCAACUGUGGGCACCCCAUUCUGCUGCACCAAAUUAUUUGAGCUAUUUAUUCCAUCUCAGGAACCACAUGUCGUGUGGAGCCUUAUUCCUCCUUUUGUACAAACUUUUCAUGGGAUCAAGGAUCUUAGGAUUUGGAAUUUUGUGCUUUAUGGCCAGAACACAAAAGCUUUCUGGCAACUGCUGGCUCCUCAAUGUAUACUUUCUAUGCUAGAUAUGAUGAAGGAAAGAGAUUCUUUUU